AGAUGUGGGUGGAGGUCUCCAUCGUCUAACUUUUUUUAUUAUUAUUUGAAACUCCACCCUCCGGUCAGAGCCGUGUCUCUUCUCAUAAAUUGGUUGGCAGUCCGUCAUCGGCAGGAUCUGGACUUCCACGCUCGACAUGGACCUGAGCCAGCAGACCUGAGGACCGGAGCGCAGGCCGGCUUUGGGUGGUUGACCAUGCCUUCUCUGAAGUACCAAGCAGGGGACAAGGUAAUGGGCCGCUGGCCGGGCAGCAGCCUGUACUACGAGGUCAAAGUGCUGGGCUACGAUGCUAAGAGCCGCCUCUACACAGUCAUCUACAAGGACGGCACAGAGCUGGAGCUCAGGGAGCAGGACAUCAUGAGUGUCACCAGCUUUCAGCAGCGCACUCGCUCACGUUCCCGUUCCAACUCCCGUUCCCCCGGGCGGCGCCGCAGCCGCUCACGCUCCCCCGCUAGAACCACACGCCGCUCGUCAUCCCGUACCGUCGCCGCAGCCGCCGCAGAAAGCACACCGUCUUCACGCGGAGACAAAAAGCUCAAGCAAACAGCUGAAAUCAAGAUCAACCCCGUACAGCAGGAGAAAAAGCCAGCCGAGAACAAUAGCAACAAUAAACAUGAAAAGAAAGAGGAGAAUAACACGGCUAGCAAAGUCAAUGAGCCUGAUGCCAAGGUAGAGGUGGAUUCUGAGAAGAACCUGGGCCGCUACAACCUGCGCCGCAGGAAGGAAGAUGGAGACUCCAAAGCAGCUGAAGCCACGCAUGAGGACAGGGAGGAGAGAGCGUCUGCUGCCCCUCCUGUUGCUGCUCCUGCCGCCACCACCUCCUCCACUCCACUGGACUUUGGAGGGAACAUAGGAGCCCUCUUCCUGAUGCUCUUCCUGCCUGCCUGCGUUCUGUUUCUGGUCCUCCAGGUGAACCAGAAGGAUCCCAGUCUGACAAACCUCCCUGCUCUGCCUCCACUCGAAACUUUCUGGGAUCCUCAAGCUCUUGGCUUUGUCAUCAUCUGGACUUUCUUCCAGGCUCUGCUCUACAUGUUGCCUGUUGGGAAGCUGAGUGAAGGAAUUGUGCUGAGGACUGGCAGAAGGCUCACAUACAGAACCAAUGGUUUCUUUGCCUGUGUGGUCAGUGCUGCAGUGGUGGUAGCAGCAGUGUACCAGGGAGCUGACCUCACCUACAUCCACAGCCACUUCCUGCAGCUGACCUCCGCCUCCUUCCUGGUGUCCAUGCUGCUCAGCGUCUACUUGUAUGUACGCUCCCGCUCCGCCGGCCCUGAUGAGCGGGCUCUGGGAGGAAACUCGGGAAAGGUGAUCUAUGACUUCUUUAAGGGCCGUGAGCUGAAUCCUCGCAUCAAGGAGUUUGACCUGAAGUUCUUCUGUGAGAUGCGUCCUGGACUCAUUGGCUGGUGUCUGAUCAACUUUGCUAUGGCGUUGGCUGAGAUGAAACAGCAGAAACUGGACGCUCCGUCAUCCUCCAUGAUCCUGGUCAACGUCUUUCAGCUCAUCUACGUGGUGGACGGCUUGUGGAACGAGGAGGCCAUCUUGACCACCAUGGACCUGAUGCAUGACGGCUUCGGCUACAUGCUGGCCUUCGGGGAUCUGGUGUGGGUUCCCUUCACUUUCACCCUGCAGGCUAACUACCUGGUUAGCCACCCCAACCCCCUCAGCCUCCCGGAGCUCACUGCCAUCAUUGUACUCAAACUUGUUGGCUUCUACAUAUUCAGGAAAUCAAACAAUGAGAAAAACGCCUUCAGGAGGAACCCGGCAAACCCCAGGCUGUCCCAUUUGAAAACCAUCCCCACAGCUACAGGGAAGAGCCUGCUGGUGUCUGGCUGGUGGGGGGUGGUUCGCCAUCCCAACUACCUGGGAGACCUCAUCAUGGCUCUGGCCUGGUCCCUACCGUGUGGCUUCAGCCACCUGCUGCCCUGGUUCUACAUCAUCUACUUCGUCAUCCUCCUGGUGCACAGAGCCUCCCGCGACAUGAAUGUGUGCCGACGGCAGUACGGCUUAGCGUGGGACGAGUACUGCCGAACGGUGCGCUACCAGAUCAUCCCCGGCCUCUACUGAGGAUCCAAUCUGAGGUCUUCCCCUCCCAGCAUCAUGACCACCAGGACGCCCUCUGAGCGUCCCGGACCGACUGACCCACUGACUUUAGAACAUUUCUAAAUCUGAAUUGAAGAACCUUUGAUUUUUUUAUAUAUAUAUGUAUAAUGAAUAGGAAAAAAAGGACAAUUAUAUUUUGGACUUUUUGAAGAACUGCCUUUUUAAUAGAAAAUAUAAAACAUGAAAACUUUAAAAAGUUUACAAAAGAGGAGAAAAUGAAAAGUAAGCGCCUCUUGUUGAAAUAUCUCAUUAGGCUGUACUGUAUAUUUUUGUACAUACACAUUUGUUUUUUAUACUUCAGAGUAACAUACCACCUGCAGAACCUUCAGUUUUGUUUCUUUUUGAAGAAUUUCCCCAUAGCAGCCAUUUUCACACUGCUCCAUUUCCAGCUUGGCUUUUCUGAAUAUGUCUAAGUAGACAUUUCUGUCAUCAGCCUGUGUGUAUUGUGAAGAACAGGACUGACUGUGUCCCUCAGUGAUGAUCUGCACAGUGGAACUGUGACUCAUGUUAAUACUCAGGACUCCAAUGUAAAUUAGGACAAUUUUUAGCUUUGUUUUGUUUCCAAUCUAUAGAAAUUUAGUUUUAACUCGAGCGCGUCAGAUGAUUUUAGAGGUUUUAUUUAAAAAUGCACUAACGGAUUUUGUCUAGGUUCCAAAGUGUAUUUUAUUGGCUUCGCGACCUCAGGUUCACUCAAUCACUGUUCUCCCCUCUCUGGGCCCUCCAGGUGGCGCUGUGUUGAGAGGGCGACACAAGGCAAACUCGUUCGAUUUUAACAGUGUUGUAUGACCUCGUGGAGUCUGGAUGGUGCUAUUUAUUAUGAACUGAAUUGGUUAUAAAUUCCCCUUUGAUGCCACUUACUCUCACUGAUUGUACUUAUUUUAAGCUUUAAUUUCAACAAGAGGCCAGUGAUGACUGACUGUGAUAACCUGCCUCGCCCGGUAACAUUGAAGCCUGUCCAUCUCCAAACCUCAAAGUGUUUUUAUGCAUGUUCAGCUGUAGAUCAUCUUACAGGUAGCAAUACAUCAGCUAAACUAAGUAGUUAGCUUUUUUUUAAAUGCUGUGCUGACUGAAUAUCUUGUAAAUAAUUUUUAAUCAUGUGAUUUAUUUUUUAAGAAUAGAAGUGAUAAUAGUAUAAUUGCAAUGUUUCCAAGUAGCUAUUUAAUGUUGCUUUAUUUUCUUUUUUUUUUUUUUUGCAAUUUGUUUUUUAAUUUAAAUUUUGACCACUGUAUUUAUGUUUACACCCAGGCCUGCCAGGGUUCAGGAUUCCAUUCAGUUUGGAAUUGCCUCACCCCUGUUUUGCUCCAAUAUUGAGUUGUGGUGAAUCAUGUUAUAGUGGGAAGCAGUACAGAUGAACAUCCACAGAUCCAGUGGGGCUUAGGAAUCCAGAAUAGCAGCUAGAUGAAGCUUAUCUGUGUAAAUGUUGCAGCAUCAAAUAAAGAUUUUCAGUAUUUUCUUGUC